AUGAAUAGACUUGGUGAGAUAACACCAAGGAAAAUAACAAUACCGUACAUAAAAGGAUUAUCAGAAAAACUUAAAAGAAUAGGAAAUAAAUUCCACAUUUCAAAAACAUUCAAGACAACAAACACGUUGAGAUCUAUUUUAUCCAAAACCAAACCUAACAAUGAACAAGAAAGGACAAAGAAUUGCAUUUAUAAAAUACCUUGUGAAUGUGAUCAGUUUUAUUUAGAAUGUGAUAGAUCUCAAAUAUGUAAACACGCAUGGGAUAAUGAAUAUAGGGUUCAAUGGAAUAAUUCAAAUGUUGUCCUAAAAGAAACGGAUGGUAAAAAAAGAAAAAUUAAAGAAGCGGCUUUAAUUAUGCUAAAUGAGGCCAAUUGUGUCGCAAAUUCCUCGGCAGAAUGUAGUAGGAUCUGGUUAGCAAUAUUGAAAGAGGAAGUUAUUAAUAAGAAAAUACCAGUAUUAAUAAUUAAUUCCACAUCUACACACGCGAAACGUAAUUUAGAAAGCGAUCGUUUAGAGGUUUUAGAAAAAGAUCUACAACUUGUCAACGAACUUCAAAACAUACUUGACGGAAUAUAUUCAUCCAAUCGUAGAAGGAAAAAAAGAGAACUGCCCAUAUACUUUGAACAAAUUCCUUUGACACAAAAUGUUGCUUUUGCCAACACUGAGGUACCACAAAUAUUAAAUGAAUGGAAUGAAAAGGAGUUGAUGGAAAAUAAUCGUGAACCAAAAACUGUUAUAAUAAGAGAAAAAAGGCAUCCACGAUCCCUACGACAUUUAAAAAGAAAAAAGAAAUAUAAGAGAAGAAGACAAGAUAUACAAAAUGUACCUGCAGAUGCUGCAACCAAUCGUAAAUCUAAGUUACCAAAUAUUUAUAUGGAUCAACCUGACUUUAACACAGGGCGAAGAUCCGAAUUUCCAUGGUCAAAGAAGGAAAAUUUAAGAAGAAAAUACAGAGAUUGGAUAAACGUUUAUGAUGAAAACAUACCAAUGGGAGUAACACAAGCAAACAGUUACGAUCAGAAUGAUGAAGGUAAGUAUUUUCAUAUUAUUACAACUGUUUAA